AUUAACCUCAUAAUUACCAUAUUCACUAACACCGCCCUAGCCUCACUGCUAAUCCUAAUUGCAUUUUGACUACCCCAACUAUACACGUACGCAGAAAAAGUGAGCCCAUAUGAAUGUGGCUUCGAUCCAAUAGGGUCGGCCCGAUUACCCUUCUCCAUAAAAUUCUUCCUGGUAGCCAUCACAUUCCUGCUAUUCGACCUGGAAAUUGCUCUCUUACUACCUUUACCAUGAGCUAUCCAAACUACCAACCUUAACCUCAUACUCUUCAUAGCACUAACGCUUAUUUCACUCCUAGCCCUCAGCUUAGCCUACGAGUGAACCCAAAAAGGCCUAGAAUGAGCAGAAUA